UUCCUUCCUGCUCUUCCCAGGCUGACCCAAGGCCCCCCACCCAUACCGCACAUCUGCCAGCACCAGCACCACCUGCACACAGUGCAAGGCCUGGCUUCCCGCUCCGGGUCCUGCUGCUCGCGCUGCAGCCAGAGGAAGUGGCCCGAGGUCCUGCUGUCCCCCGAGGCUGCCGCGGCCUCCACUCCCACACCCAGCGCAUUGCCACCCCGAGGUGGCGGUAGCAAGCCCACUCCCAAGGGGAGCCGCCCAGGGGAGAUCACCAUCCUCUCUGUGGGCAGGUUCCGUGUGGCCCGAAUCCCUGAGCAGCGGCCGAGCCCGCCACCUCCGGAGGUGAAAACCAUCUCAGAAACCAGUGAGGAGGGAGAGGCGGCUGAAGCUCCUCCACCCGGGCUUCCCCCUGAAAACCGAGCCCUUCUGGGCAGUGGUGGAGGGCGACCCAAAUGGCUGAAAACCCCAGCAUCUGGGCCAACAGAGAGCAAAUCAGAGGAAAAUCGAUACGUGGUCAGGCUGAGUGAAUCCAACUUGGUCAUCUGAAGGUGCCCUUAUGAUCCGCUCAGGCCCAGGGCCCUGUGAGACAUUGGAGCCUGGGAGUUGGCAGCAACCUGAGGCCCCAGGGGGCUGUCCCCCAGGCCCCUGCGCCCUGGGCAGCCCCAGUGAGCUCUGGGAAGUGGGCAGCAGCAGGGGAGAGAGCUCACUUCAGCCUGAGCUACCACAGGCAGCUUAAUUUAAAGGAAAAGAUGAUCUUGUCCAGGGAAGAGAGGGAGGGAUAUGCCCAUACUUGAGGAGGAGUGGGCUGCCCUGUCUCCUUGCCCUUCCCCUCUGCGCCUCUCCCCACCCCCUCCCAUCCCGCAUCUUCUCCAUGCUAGCAGCAAGCCCCUCCCUGGUCAUCUGGUCUUUCCCUUGCUCUGGAGAGGACACCCAAACCAGCUUCCUGGGUCCUCAAAGAUGGCGUGAUCCACACCCAAGUGGGGAUUUCCUCCCCAGUGCUUCACAGAUGGGACAUUUAGCCCCCAAGUAAGGGUCCCUUCCCUGGUGACCCAUAGACAGGACACACCCAUCUGUCCAUCCAUCCCCAUGCAGGGCUUUCCAGGAAAAGCAAAGGACUCAGCCUCCUCUUCAUCGCCCCUACUCUUCAUCUUAUCACUCCUGGGCAGGGGAAGUGGCAGUCAGGGAAUACUGGGGGAAGAACAAAUGGUGGGGGUCUACUGUCAACAGAAUGUCCAGUCACUGGGUAAGUGGAAAGACGGGCCCAGAGAGAAGAAACCUUCCAGAGGGUCUCCUGACUUCCAGGCCAAAGGCCCUUUCCAUUGCCCUACAGUCAUUGGGAAGGAAGUCUUACCCACCACAUCACCUCUUCCCUCCCCCAUCCCCCCACUCCCUAGCACUGGGUCUUACUCUCCAAGAUGGGGCUUGUCCAUGGGGUUUAGAUGGGAGAUCUGAGGGGAAGGGACUUAACACUUGGGCUCAAAUCCCAAGCUUUGCUCCUUUACCUCUCUGUGCCUAUCAAAUGAGAGGUUUCUUCCAGUUCUAAGUCUCUGAUCCCACGACCACCCCUGGCCAUGGGGCUUCCUGUCAAGUCUAAUUUAGUCCCUGAGGCUGCUGGGAGGGAAGACAGCGACAGAGCAGGAAGGAAAUCUCAGGGGACCUGGGUCCUGGGUCUGGCUUUGCCUCCCUUAAUUUGUGUGGGCCUGUUUACUCCUGCAAAAUGAAGGGCUGGACUUGGUGGUUUUUAAAAAGGUCCCCUCCAGCUCUGACAUUCUGAACCUGACUUGCUUUAUGUCCUUGUCAGACAUUUUACCUCUGAGCUCCCGUUAACCAACCCCUGCUCUGCUCACUGAGCCACAAUCCCCCACCUAUAUCUGGAAAGGAAAAAAAUGUGACUUGGGGUGAUGCUUGAGAGGUUUCCCCUGCAUUUCCUUGGGAAGAGGACCCCGCAUUGUUCCCAGUAGGACCCACAAUCUCCCCUCCCCCACCCCAGUGGAGCAGGCAGAUGCUUGCUUCUCUCUGCUUGGGGGCAGGGGGCAGUUGGGGAUAUAUCUCAGCUCCCUCCUCUUCCUUCACCUCAAGCUGGAUCAAUAGCUUUAUUAGAUUCCCCAGCUAGCUGCUCUUCCCCUUACCCCCCACCAUCCCAAGCCAGGGCCUUGCUUCUGCACGAGGAAGGGGGGUGCCUUAAUGCAUGUCAAGCAGCCCCCUCCACCCUGCCCCCCAGGGGUGAAUGGCUGUUUUUAAAUUUAAAAACCAAACUUGUUCUGUGUUGUCAACUGUAGUUUGGGGGCCUCUGUCCUACCAUGUACCAUUUUCUCCUCCCGUCCCCUAAAAAAAGUGCUUUAGAAUCCCCAUGGCUCAAAGCCCUGGCCAGUGCAAUAGUAAGGGACGAUGUGGGCUCUAGGUGCUGACCACCCCAGUUAUGACACCCCUGGCUAUGCCUUGUCGACUUUCCCUGGGCCCCUGACUUGCUUUUCUUUCCGUCCACUUUGCUCUGUUGUGUUCUCUAUGUUUGCUCCCAGGAGAGAAGUAUGGGUGGUUCAGGCAAUGUCUGGUGCCCAUCCGUCCUGUCUAUUUAUGUGGGUGCUGUGCAGGUCACACCCCCCGCUGUUACCUCCCCUCCCCUGGUGGGGGGUUGGGCCCUGAAGUUUGGUAACUCUUAUUUAUUGAAUUUGAGUCAUUACUCUGUCUCCUGUCUAUACCCAUCUUAUGCAUACUCGUCCCCAGUUUCCUUAAGUUGGAUAAUAAAAAUAUUAGAAAGUGA